UUACCCGCAGAACGAGUUGCAGGUGAUGAAUAACCCGAACCCACUAAAACCAAAGGGAGAGGGAAACGAAGAGCGCAGAGGAACCGUCCUUCCACAUAGCAAUGGAGAAUUUGCAAAGUGCUCUUAAAGAUUAUAGCUUAUCAGUUUCCACCGUCCCAGAAAAGGGUCGUUCUCUCUUCGCUACAAGGGAUUUCUAUCCAGGGGAUGUGAUUAUAGGCCAAGAACCUUACGUUUGUGUUCCAAACAACUCCUCACUUUCCACCCCCAAAAGGUGCGAUGGAUGUUUCACUACAUCUAAUGUCCUUAGAAGGUGCUCACGUUGCCAUGUUGCAUACUAUUGCGGAACCGCAUGUCAGAGGUCAGAGUGGAAGCUACAUCGUCUUGAGUGUGAGGUCCUCUCAAGGCUUGACAAGGACAAGAGAGAAUCUGUCACACCAUCCAUACGGUUGAUGGUGAGACUUUAUCUACGGAGGAAGUUGCAAGAUGAUAAGGUCAUCCAAAGCACUGCUAUGGACAACUACAACUUGGUGGAGGCAUUAGUGGCUCACAUGUCUGAUAUCACAGAGGAGCAGCUGGUGCUUUAUGCACAGAUGGCUAAUCUUGUAUAUUCCAUAUUGCAAUGGCCAGAAAUCAAUAUAAAAGAGAUUGCAGAAAAUUUUUCUAAGUUUGCAUGUAAUGCUCAUACUAUUUGUGACAGCGAGUUAAGACCUGUGGGAACAGGAUUGUAUCCCGUAAUUUCCAUUAUCAAUCAUAGUUGUUUGCCCAAUUCUGUGUUGGUUUUUGAGGGAAGGUCAGCAUUGGUACGUGCUGUGCAACAUAUACCCGCAGGUACUGAGGUACUGAUAAGUUAUAUAGAGACUGCUGGAAGCACAAUAACUCGACAGAAGGCUCUCAAAGAGCAGUAUCUAUUCACUUGUACAUGUCCCCGCUGUUCUAAAAUGGGCCAGAAAGAUGAUAUACAAGAAAGUGCAAUUUUAGAAGGAUAUAGAUGCAAAUAUGAAAAAUGUGGUGGUUUCUUGCUUCGAACAACCGAUGGGAAAGGAUUUCAAUGCCAAGGUUGCCAACUAGUUAUGGGCAAGGAGGAGAUAAAGGAAAUUAUAACUGAAAUUGAAUUGCUAUCUGAAGAAGCAGCUUCUAAGUCUUCUUUCUCUUGCAGUUAUCAAGAAGUUAUUUCCAUUUAUAAAAGAAUUGAGAAACUGCAAACAAAGCUCUAUCAUCCUUUCUCAAUUAGUUUGAUGCAAACUCGAGAGAAGAUUUUGAAGUCAUUAAUGGAGCUGGAACACUGGACUGAAGCUUUAGCAUAUUGCAAAUUGACCAUUCCAUUCUAUGAAAAAGUGUAUCCAUCUGUUCACCCUCUGCUUGGAUUGCAAUAUUAUACUCGUGGGAAACUAGAAUGGUAUUUGGGAGAGACAGAGGAAGCUGUUAAAUCACUAACGAAGGCAGUGGAUAUACUACGGAUUACUCAUGGCACAAAUACACCUUUCAUGAAGGACCUUUUGAUGAAGUUGGAAGAAGCCCGUGCUGAAGCCUCUUACAAGUUCUCCUCCAUACACUACUAGAAUAACAACUGAAUCUUACCAAAGACAUGGAUGCCGUGCUUUCCGGUAUUCCAGUAUUAAUAUUGAGCUGGAGGAAAUUUUUGCACUAUUUACCUUCUAAUGGAAUGUUAAUUUUGUAUGUUGGGAUAGUGAUGCAAUUUGGAUCUAGCGCUGGAAUAGGGGUUGCAACAACGGUGAAAAAAUGUUUUCAAUUUUCUUCUCUUAUUUUGUUUAUGUUAACUACGUGACCACUUGCUUGGUAGCGCUGGAUUAGGGGUUGCAACAACGGUGAAAAAUGUUUUCAA